AUGAAGUUGCUGUUGUUGCUCGCCGUCGCCUCUCCGGCCGCCGGCUUCAGCGUCGGCGCUCGCAAUCCGGAUGGCUUCAGCGGCGCUGGCGCUCGCACGCCGCUGCACCGCUCGCUGCCGCCGCAGCUCGUGCUUGGCCGUGUGCAGCGAUUCGUGAGCAAUCGCGUCAUCUCGCCGUUCAAGCGGGACCAGAUCGCGGAGGAGAUCGAAGCUGCAGUCCUGACCGACGAGAUCGAGGACGCGAUGCCAGAGCCCGUCGUGCUUUCCGAAAAGAAGCUGACGGCUGCCGAUAAACUGCUCGUAAAACUCGGCGUGAAGACGGAGGACGAGUGCGUGGUGCCGGAGGAGGGCGAGGACCUGAUGGAGCAGAUCAAGUGCGCCGGCCGCGCGGGCAUCAUCUCCUACGUCAUCUGGGAGUGGAUCUUCUGGAUUGGCGCUGGAGGCAUCGCGGCAGUCACGUACUACCAGGCGACGGGUGGCUGGCCCGACCUCAGCAACCCCGACGACCAGGCCAAGGUCGGAGCGUCGGCGUUCGCGCUCGUCAACGUGGCUCGCUUCGCCGUUCCGCUGCGGAUCGGCCUCGCGCUGUCGACGACGCCCUGGGUCGACGAGAACAUCGUGUCUCGCUUCACGUCGGGCGAGGACGACGACGACAAGGACGGCGGCAGCGGCGGCGGCGAGGAGAAGGCCGAGCAGGCGGCCCCUGCGUAG